GAGCGACAGGUCUCGGGCCCUCAGGCGGAGCGGCGGGUGCCGGACCCCCAGGUGGAGCGACAGGUCUCGGGCCCUCAGGCGGGGCGGCGGGCGCCGGACCCCCAGGUGGAGCGACAGGUCUCGGGCCCUCAGGCGGAGCGGAGGGCGCCGGUCACCAGGCCGACAGUGGAGCGACAGAGUCAACUGGGCCGCUGGCAGGGUCGACAUUGGAUCGUCUGGCUGGACGCGGGCAUCGGGUCACCAGGCAUCAGGUCAUUUGCUCGACAGCUGGCACCGGGCGUCAUCAGGCAAGGCAGUGGGCUCCGAGUCAACUGGCAUGACCGGGGCACCCCCAGGUGGGCGACAGGAAUC